AUGGAGCACAGGGUGGUGGACCUGCUACAGUUGAAGAGGCCUCUCAUCAUUAUCAGGAUGUCUGCUCUUACUUUGCUCAUCACUCUCAUCACUGGCGCCAUCGCCACGGCAGCAUCUGCACCGGCAGCAUCUGCACCGGCAGCAUCUAAACCGGCAGCACCUAAACCGGCCCUCACCUGCCGGCAGGAGAUACACGCAGAGCUGAUUCGAGAACUGUGGAGCCGGACUAAACUUCUGACCAAUAAACUCCCGAGAAAUGAAAGCAUCACCACGGGACAGAGACUACUGCCCAAGUUCUGCACCAAGUGCUCAAAGAAUGCAGUUGGCUGGGUGGAGAUGAAGGAGCUGAUUGACGUCUACCAGAGGAGUGUGUUCAAAAGAGGAGAGGUCAAGAAGCUCUUCCCCCUCCAUUAUGACGACCUUCUCUACCGACUGCAGCAAACACUGGAGGAGUGUGUUACUUCCCCAGAGCCUUCAAAACAUUUGGAAAGCAUCAAGGCAAUGGAGAGGAAAAUUAAAAAGAAGAAAAACAAAGGAGCACUAAAGGCUGUGGGAGAAUUCAUCUUCAUUAUCAGAUGGAUGGAUGAGCUGGCAGGAAACCAUAUUCAAUAGAUCAUGAUCAUCAUCAAGGAUUUCCUUCACCUCCACCAAACACCAGCGACAGCAGCUUAAGAGUCUUCAUCAUAAAUGUUAUCAUCAUCAUAAGGAUUUUCAUCAAGUCUACUAACACCAGCAGCGGCAAGAUAAAAGUCUUUAUCGGCAGCUCUAUCAUCGUCAUGUUCAGUAUUAUCCCUAUUAUCUCCAUCAUCACCCUCAUUA